AUUGCUACCCACGUGUUUUUUGUUGAAUGGAUGAGCGCGUCGUGAAUUGCUCACAUUUACAGUUCAUAUUUUCUAUCCUACGAAGACGACCGGAUUCUGGAAAUAAAAUAUAUGCAUCCGUGGUAUACAUAGAAGAAGGUCUAAAUGUGUAGAUCCAUCGAGACGUGAGUUUUCCUGAACAAAAAAAAAUUAGCAAAUGAAAAGUUGCAAAAUAAUUUAACAUCAUGAACUCUGGAAACCCUUUGCCAAAGCGGCAAAGGUUCUCGAAUGGGAAUGGCAUGGACCAAUCAGAGGACUUGUACCAGCACCGCUGCAGUCUGCCCAUCUAUUCUGCUAGAGGGAAGCUGAUGCGUGAGCUGAGGCGAAAUGCAAGCUCCAUCGUGAUUGGUGAAACGGGAAGUGGCAAAACCACACAAAUACCCCAGUACUUGGUGGAAGGCAACAUGUGCAAAGGGGGAACUAUUGCCUGCACUCAGCCCCGUCGCGUAGCAGCCAUCUCCAUAGCAACACGGGUCGCAAAAGAAAUGAAUGUGAAUCUUGGAGAAGAGGUUGGGUACUGUGUGCGAUUUGAUGACACCACAUCUGCCAAGACAAAAAUUAAGUACAUGACGGAUGGGAUGCUACUUCGAGAAGCGAUCUUGGAUCCGAAACUUUCCAAAUACAGCUUUGUAAUCCUAGAUGAAGCCCACGAGAGAACGGUCCACACCGAUGUCCUGUUUGGCGUCGUCAAGAAGGCACAGAAGCAGCGAUCUGGAAACGAGGCUCGAGCUCUGAAAGUCUUGGUCAUGUCAGCAACAAUGGACGUCGACCAUUUCUCGCGGUAUUUCAACAACGCACCAGUCUUGUACCUCCAAGGAAGGCAACAUCCAAUACAGUUGCUUUACUCCAGUGAUUCCCAGAGUGACUACCUCUUUGCUGCAAUGGUCGCCGUCUUUCAGAUUCAUCAGAAGCAGCCAGCCGGUGAGGACAUGCUGGUGUUUCUUACGGGUCAAGAAGAGAUUGAGACCUUAGUGAGGUCCAUCAAGGAAGUUGCCAGAGAUCUUCCCUCAGAUUGCCCUGGCAUAGUGGUUACUCCAAUGUACGCAGCUUUACCAUCCCAUCUGCAGAUGAAAGUCUUUCAGCCAACACAGCCUGGUAGACGGAAGAUCAUUCUAUCCACCAAUAUCGCAGAGACAUCUGUCACAAUCCCAGGCAUCAAACACGUGAUAGACACUGGAAGGGUCAAGGCAAAGAGCUACCAGCCGGGUAGUGGGUUAGACUUGCUCAAAGUGCAGUGGAUCUCACAGGCCCAAGCCUGGCAACGAACGGGCAGAGCAGGACGAGAGGACAGUGGCACCUGCUGGCGACUGUACACUGAGAAUGAGUUUACUCGUCUGCCUGCGAACACCAUACCUGAAAUACAGAGAUGUAACCUUGCCAGUGUGGUGCUGCAGCUACUUGCCCUGAAUAUACGCGACGUGUUGACGUUUGACUUUAUGGAUCCUCCUAAGAAAGAGUCUCUUAGCAGCGCUCUGGAGCAGUUGCAACUGCUUGGUGCAGUGGAUAAGGAAAAUAACCAGCAGUUGACCCCGAUCGGCAGACAGAUGUCGGUGUUUCCUCUUGAGCCCAGACUAGCUCGGGUCAUUCUAGCUUCCAAGCAACAUGGCUGCCUUGAGGAAAUUUUGACCAUCGUGUCCUUACUGUCCGUGGAAUCCAUCCAGCACUCGCCACAAAACAAGAGAGAGGCUGCGCUAGCCGCAUGGAGGAAGUUUCUAUCCAGCGAGGGUGAUCAUGUGACCUUACUGACUAUCUACAGGGCCUACAAAGGGGUCAAGGGAAAUAAGGAUUGGUGUUUUGAGAACUUUGUUCAUCAGCGUAACAUGCGCCAUGCCAUUGAGAUUCGAGCCCAGCUGAGAGACCUGUGCGUCAAGGCCGGCUUGCCUUUCAUGUCGUGUGGUCAGGACACUACACCAGUCAGAAAAUGCCUUGUUCAGGGUCUGUUCAUGAAUUCGGCUGAGCUACAAAGAGACGGCACAUACAUCACACUUGAUCGUAAGCAGGCAGUCAGCAUCCACCCCUCCUCCUGCCUCUUCCAAUGCAAACCUGCCUACCUCCUCUACAAUGAACUGGUCCAAACUACCAAGUGUUACAUGAGAAACGUGUGUGUGAUCGAUCCUCAGUGGCUGUACGAUGUUGCCCCAGAUUACUUCCGACAGAGAGUGUCUCGAAACAGGUGACAAGGUGAGGUGAGAUUUGGGAACAAGGACCCCAAACCAAUGGAACUUUAUAAUAUUCACAGAAGGAAAUCCCCAACUGCAAGCUUUUGAAGUCCGUGUGUUACGUGGGUCUUACCGUCCCGAACUCGACCAUGUUGGUAACUUGAAAUAUUAAGGUGGGCUAUCUUCAGCUGCAAAUUUAGAAUGUGGGUCUACUUCGCAUUCCAACUUAUGCUAAUGUAUACAAUUGCUAGAUGAUUUCAGUAGUUGUAAGCGGUGGGAUUAAGUCUGUAUUUUUUAAAAUUUGGUUUGAAUUCCACCAUUCGGUUUCGAUUUUGGUAACAGCAUAUUCGAAACCAGCCUUA